UUCCUUCAAGAUUAUUUUGUUUCUUUCCCGUAUUGCUUCAUUCAGCUGCCCAGUGAGUAUGAAGCGAAUCCAGAGCUGCUGUUCUACCGGAUCACACACCUCAACCACCGGCAGCAGUACCUGAUCUGGGCGGCAGCCGUCACCACCGCAGGUCGAGGGAACUUCAGCGAAAAGGUCACUGUGGAGCCGGCGUCCAAAGCCCCGGCUAAGAUCCUUUCAUUUGGGGGCACAGUGACGACCCCCUGGAUGAAGGAGGUGCGACUGCCCUGUAGCUCAGUAGGAGAACCUACACCUACCAUCAAAUGGACCAAAGACAGUGAGGACACAGCCAUCCCAGUGUCUCUAGAUGGACAACGGCUCAUCUUGACCAAUGGGACACUGGUGCUGCGUGCGGUCAAAGCUGAGGAUUCUGGGUACUACACCUGCACGGCCACCAACACGCUGGGCUUCGACACUAUCAUUGUCAACCUUGUGGUACAAGUUCCUCCUGACCAGCCUCGUCUAACCGUCUCCACCACUUCCAUCUCCUCCAUCACUCUGGCUUGGAUACCAGGAGACAACGGAGGGAGCUCCAUUAGAGGUUUCGUGUUGCAGUACUCUGUAGACAACACAGAGGAAUGGAAAGAUGUUUUCAUCAGUUCUAGUGAACGCUCCUUCAAACUGGACAACCUGCGCUGUGGCACCUGGUAUAAAGUGAAGCUGGCUGCAAAGAACAGUGUGGGAGCCGGACGCAUCAGUGAGAUCAUCGAAGCAAAGACCCAUGGGCGAGAACCCCAGUUCAACAAGGAUCAGCCGGUCUUCACCCACCUUAACUCCAGCCACGCCCGCCUCAACCUGCAGGGCUGGGUCAGUGGAGGCUGUCCCAUCAACGCUGUCAUACUAGAGUUUAGACCAAAAGGUACAUGGGCAUGGCAGAAUGUGCGCACCAAUGCCACAGCAGAUGUGUUCCUGGCAGAGCUUCGUGAGGCGACCUGGUAUGAGUUGAAGAUGAAAGCCUGCAACAGUGCUGGCUGUGGCAACCAGAGCUCCCAGUUUGCAACCCUGGACUAUGAUGGCAGUACAAUUCCACCAAUCAAAUCCCCUCUGGAAAAGAACGAUGAUGUCAAGAAGCUGUUUUCUAUUGGUUGUCCUGUGAUCUUGGUCACUCUGGGUGUUUUGCUGCUCUUCAUCAUUCGCAGGAAACGCAAAGAAAAGAGGCUGAAGAGACUAAGAGAUGCCAAAAGCCUGGCAGAGAUGCUGAUCAGUAAAAACAACCGCAGCUUUGACACCCCAGUGAAGGGACCUCCUCAGGGCCCACGCUUACACAUCGACAUCCCCCGAGUGCAGCUGCUCAUUGAGGACAAGGAAGGCAUCAAGCAAAUUGGUGAAGACAAAGCCACUAUCCCUGUGACAGACACAGAGUUCAACCAAACUGGAAACCCUCAAAGCUUCUGCACAGGUGUGUCCGUCCAUCACCCCGCCCUCAUCCAGAACACCGGUCCUUUGAUUGACAUGUCAGACAUCAGACCAGGAACCAACCCAGUUUCAAGGAAGAGCGUAAAGUCAGCCCACAGCAUCAGGAACCGCUACUCCAGUCAGUGGACUCUGACCAAGUGCCAGUCCUCCACGCCAGCCCGCACUCUCACCUCAGACUGGCGCACAGUUGGCUCCCAGCAUGGCAUCACUGUCACAGAGAGUGACAGCUACAGCGCCAGCCUCUCACAGGACACAGAUAAGGGUCGCAACAGCAUGGUGUCGACAGAGAGCGCCUCUUCAACCUACGAGGAGUUGGCGAGAGCAUACGAGCAUGCCAAGCUGGAGGAACACCUGCAGCAUGCCAAGUUUGAGAUUACUGAAUGCUUUAUCUCUGACAGCUCCUCUGACCAGAUGACUACAGGUACCAACGACAAUGCAGACAGCAUGACGUCGAUGAGCACUCCCUCAGAGCCUGGUAUCUGUCGCUUCACUGCCUCACCGCCCAAACCCCAGGACUACGAUCGUGGCAAGAAUGUAGCUGUGCCCAUUCCACACCGCGCCAAGAGUGACUACUGCAACCUUCCCCUCUACAUGAAGUCAGAUCCCUUCUUCCGAAAGCAGUCCGAGCAUCAUGACCCCUGUCCAGUGGUCCCCCCACGUGAAGCCUCCAUUCGUGGCCUGGCCCAGCGGGCAUACCACACCCAGGGCCGUCAUGUGACUAUGGACUCGGUAAAGCAGCAGGCCCUAACCAUGGGCCACUCUGGCCUGUCCAACCUCUCUUCCUCCGGAGGGGCAACAGGAGCCUGUGGUGGGGGUGCGUCUGCUAGCUCUAGCAGCUCCACCCUCCCCCAGAGGACUCUCACCAUGCCAGGCUCCUCUGCCUCCAUGGCCCAGAGUGCAGCGGCCGCUGCUGCUGCCACUGCUGCAGCCGCUGCAUUCUCCUCCUCAGGGGCCACAGGAGGGACUCCUGGAGGGGCCUCCUCCAAGAUGGGAGGAUCCAGAGACUCUCUCCUGGAGAGCAGCUCCUCAGGCUUAGGCAGACUGCAGAAGCAGAGAGAUGGAGGGGCGGGGGCCUACUCCAAGUCGUACACACUGGUGUAGCCUGCCAACACCUUGGCCUGUCACUGUAACUCUAAAUAAAAUGCUGGUCAAGCCAGCGCUUGCCUGGAGCCUCUAUGAAGUGAGAAGAGAAACAUACACAUGCCCAGCCGACCCGUCAGUGCCUGCGCUGUGUCGGGCUGCAGGGAGCUGCUGGGGGUCCCAUUGACACGACUGUAUGAAGGGGUCAGAGCUGGGUCUCCACAGCACAGGGGUUUGCCUUUCUUUCUGCCUGAUUGCUUUUUAUUAUUAUUGUGUCAUCUUUCUCUAUCCCUAAUUUCAUCACCCUGGCAAUCACUUGCCAAACCGUAAAUGAUUAAUCUGUUCACUUCAUUUUUUCAUUUUCUGGCAAGGACAAAGUACUUAUGCACAAAAUGCUUUCCACGUGGACUGUCUUGUCUUCUGGAUCAAGACAGUCAUAGAAUGAACCAAGUUUUUUUUGUUGAUGUUUUUAGGUUAUUAAAUAUGUUACUUUUCUGGUUUCUGAUGGAAGAAGAGCUCAUAUCACAACAUUGUGCCAUGGCAGGAUGCUUUCAAUGUAUGCAUAAACCACCUUGGUGUUACACUGGCUCUUAGUGGAAGGACUGACAUCUCAAUACCAGUAUUGAGAUUUGGAGAAUCUUCUACUCCACGCAAUGGAUGACACAGCAUAGUGGUCUUAAUUGAUGCUUUUUUAAACAGACUCAAAACAGAGGACAUACAAAAAAUGUCAAGCAUCAUCAAGUGAAUCCAAACCCUCUUUUUCAACAGUUUUCAGUUUAUUUUCUGAUAAUGGAAAUAUAAUCUCAUAUGCACUAAGAAAAGUUAGAAUGGAUCCAAGUAACAGAAACCUUCACAAGCCUGUGUGUGUGUGUGUGUGUGUGUGUGUGUGU